UCGCGGCGCGCGCGGGCCACCCCGCCGCAGUAUGAGUGUCUCGAACGGCCGCCGCACGCGCACGCUUUCCUCACGCUCUCGCACGGCCCCGCACUCGCGGCACGCACGCUCAUCCUGCACUGGGAGGCGCGCAAGCUUGGCGACGCCGACUGGGUGGGCGUGUUCGGCGCCGACCCGGCCCGCAAUCUGACGACGCCGCUGGAGCGGCUGGUGCCGGACCGGCGCCGCGGCCACCGCCUCACCUCGCUCACGGUUACCCUGCCGCCGCUCGACGACGUCUACGUCAAUGACAACUGCCUGGGCCGCUGGGCGGCCUACAUGCGCGACGGAAAAGUCAGCGCCUCCAGCUGCCUGAAGAGCGAACCCAGCUGGAUGGUGACGAGCAAGGACCUGAUCGGCGCCCAUCGGCUGCGCGACGUCUUCCUUGUCGGCUCGCGCGACGCCGGCGCUGCCGAGCUCGACAUCUGGACGCAGCUCAUGCUGGGCGUGCGCUUCCUAGAUGUGCGCGUCACGUAUGUGGCCGGCGGCGCGGCGCCGUUUUGGGUGGACGUGCGCGACGGCGUGGGCGUGACGCCGCUGCGCGCCGUGCUGUCGCCGCUGCGCCGCUUCCUGCGCGCCUCCAACGAGAUCGUGCUGCUCGAGCUGGCGACGCUGCGUGGCUUUGAAGGCCGGUCGGAGCGGCACGCCGCGCUGGUUGACCUCCUCGAGCGCCGGCUUGGCGACUGGAUGGCGCCCGUCAGUAUGGGCUCCGAACUGCGCCUCAACCAGCUGUGGAACACAGGUCGCCGGCUGGUCGUCACGUACAACCACCAGUCGCGCCGUGACUCGCCUUUCCUCUGGCCGCCGACGCCGGUGGCGCGCCACCCCAGCCGCAACGCCUCCGAGCUGCUCGACUUCGUGGAUGGGCUGAUGACGCGCGCGCCCUAUCCGUAUAACUGGACGAUCGAGACCUGUUUGGACGAGGACGCCGACCUGGCCGAGCGCGCCGCCGCGGCGCGCGAGCUGACGGCUCGCCUGCGCCACCGCUGGUGGGAGCGCGCCAACAUCGUCACUGUCUGCGAUGUGCUGGCCACCGACCUGGUGGACGUGGCGAUCCGCAGCAACGCGCGGCGCCAGCGAUGCCGGCUGGAGGCGGCCACGUGGCGACCGAGCACCGCGCCGCCGCCCACCACGCCGCCGCCGGUCUGGCGCGGCCCGCGCACCCUCGCACAUCUGCCAUGACCUGGGGUCACGGCGAGGUGACAGGGUCACCGACGCCCCGGGCUCAAGAACAUGACCUGAGCGCGGGCGGAAUGAAUUGGCCUGACCUCCGGAGCAGUCGCGCUGCUGAGGCUGAGCAUGGCCUUGGUGGGGGGAUCGCGGCGAUCUGAGCGUUCCGAUGUUCAGUUCACCGAUCCCGAUCUGAAAGUGACAAGCAUUAAGUGCACUCUGGGGGGCUUAAAACGGACUCAGUGCACAGAGUGUUAUACCCACCGUACCGAUUCAAACGCCGGUCUGGUGUUCUGUAGCGUAGUUAGUAUUUUGCGAGCAUUGGCUUCUUAAACGCUAUUUGCAAAUAUUGAUAAGUGGACGUCUAGGGCGAGAGAAUGACGUGACGCGCGCGGAUUUGUAGGUAUUAUGCAUACCAUGUGUAGAAAAAAUGCUUAUUUUUGGUCGUGGAAAUUGUUUUGGGCUGCAGGUCAGCAUGGCCGUUUCGGUUUCGUAAAGAAGGGCGGGACAUGCGUAAAUGGCUUGGGUUUUCCAAAAAAACGAAAUGUUAUUCUAUCUGAAACGAGGAAAAUGUCUGUAUCCCUUUACAACUCUUGCAGCUGCAGACCAGCCGAACUUUCGUCUUUGUUGAGCUGACCGCUGUACCGCCACGUCCAAGACCGAAAGUGAUGUCAUAUUUGAAAGUGCUUCUUCAAUUCCUGCCUUCUUUUAAUGUGUUUGUUUUCGUCCUAGGGCCUACGUUCUAAUACUAGCACUUCACAUAAUUCUUGCAGCAUCAGUUGCUGUUAUUGUUGUACUGUUAUCAUCACAUAAACUCGGUGCCGGCGAUCCAUGUUCAUGUCUAGACAGGAGAGCUGUCGGCAAGUGAUAGCACGAGCCGAUGCCCUCCCAACCAUUGUUACAUUCCAGGGUUACGUCUGUUUCUAAGCUUUUGAAGAUAAGUGUGCGCUACAUGCAGGUGGCCGUGUGCUUGACCAUUCUUUAUUCGCACAUAUUCUGGUAAAACCUCAGAACCAGUUUCGUCUUGUAAAGGCAUCGGGUAGUGUCACUGUAGCACCGCCAAAACAUGAGAAUAUCACCUUAAUUAUUUCCAAGCCACAUUCACGCCGUCAACGCCUUGUAACAGGACUACGCUUCUUUCCUGCAGUCGCGACUGCCGUCGCCAUGACAAGCGCCGCGGCUCCUCCACUACUGCGAAUAAAAGAACGCUUG